AUGGCAGACGGAAUUGAUCGCAAAGCUGAAGAGCGCAUGGAGUUCACCACCUCCAAGGACGUGACCGUGGCUCCCACGUUCCAGGACAAAAAUCUUCUCCGUGGCAUCUAUGCAUACGGCUAUGAAUCACCCUCUGCUGUCCAGUCGCGCGCCAUCGUGCAAAUCUGUAAAGGUCGCGACACCAUCGCCCAGGCGCAAUCGGGUACUGGUAAGACUGCGACCUUCUCGAUCAGUAUGCUGCAAGUUAUCGACACAGCUGUCCGCGAAACUCAAGCCCUUGUACUUUCCCCUACCCGAGAACUUGCGACCCAGAUUCAGUCGGUUGUGAUGGCUUUAGGGGAUUAUAUGAAUGUCCAAUGCCAUGCGUGUAUUGGAGGCACCAACGUUGGAGAGGAUAUCCGCAAACUCGAAUACGGCCAACACAUUGUCUCAGGAACUCCAGGUCGUGUUGCCGAUAUGAUUCGCCGCCGAAACCUUCGAACUCGCAAUAUUAAGAUGCUGGUACUCGAUGAGGCUGACGAGCUGCUGAACCGCGGUUUCAGAGAGCAAAUCUACGAUGUCUACCGAUAUCUCCCUCCCGCGACCCAAGUAGUCGUUGUUUCCGCUACCCUUCCAUACGAUGUGCUUGAUAUGACGACCAAGUUCAUGACCGACCCUGUCCGCAUUCUGGUCAAGCGUGAUGAAUUGACCCUAGAAGGUCUCAAGCAAUACUUUAUUGCGGUUGAAAAGGAGGAAUGGAAGUUCGACACUCUCUGCGAUCUUUACGAUACUCUUACUAUCACACAAGCAGUCAUUUUCUGCAACACGCGUAGAAAGGUUGAUUGGCUGACCGAUAAGAUGCGAGAGGCCAAUUUCACCGUGUCUUCAAUGCACGGAGAGAUGCCACAGAAGGAGAGAGACAGUAUCAUGCAAGACUUCCGUCAAGGAAAUUCGAGGGUAUUGAUUUCCACUGAUGUCUGGGCUCGUGGUAUAGAUGUUCAGCAGGUGUCUUUGGUUAUCAACUACGACUUGCCAAGUAAUCGUGAGAACUAUAUUCAUCGCAUUGGUCGAAGUGGUCGCUUUGGACGGAAGGGUGUUGCGAUCAAUUUCGUGACUAGUGAGGAUGUCAGAAUUUUGCGCGAUAUUGAGUUAUACUACUCAACUCAGAUCGAUGAGAUGCCAAUGAAUGUUGCGGAUCUUCUUACUUCUUAG